UGCAUGCGUAAGUGUCAUCACACAGAUGAAGUAGUCCCAUAUAAAGCCAAGGCGAGAUGGAAAGAGAACCAGAUAGCGCAGCUCAUAUUGUCAAAGUCACAUUAUAUAAAGAGUAUCUUGAGUUCAAGAGUCCAGCGCCAAACAGAUCACAAGUCUUCUUCAAUCAUUCGUCACCAAAGGGCCUGGCUCAGCCAGUGUCUCUCCUCAGAUCACAGAUUCCGCCGAAGGAGUUCUUCCCAGGAGGCUGGUGGGACGAACUCACUCGUAAGUACGAGUGGCUAAAGGAACAACCAUGGCCCAGCAAACAGGUGCAAGCGCUCAUCGCCACGCUGAAACCCGAGAUUCUGGACGCGAUGAAGAGAAUGGUCGAGACGGGGGACUUUCCCAAUUUUUUCUGCAUGAUUGGAUUUAGUGAUAUUGCUAAUCUUGCAUGUGUUUGGGAUCAAGGGAAAGAUGCCUUUGUUGCCAAACUCCUAAAUACUGCUGUGAGCUUAGAGAAGAAGAGGAUGGAUUAUGAGAGAGAAUGCAUGGAACUGCCCGCCAGAACGGCAAAAGUAGAACAAACGUUUCUUAAGAUUUGGGUACUGGAUCACUCACAUUUACAGGGGCAGGCCGCCGAAACGCCGGCGGUCGUCUGCACCAUCGUCGGAGCUCUUGCCCUGGACGACGAGGAAAUGGAAGAAUUAAACGCAGCCAUAGCCGCAGUAACCGCUACUGCCAGCUGUACCCCAGAGAAGGCCUCAUCCUCCCAAGACAGACCGGGAUCACAGGAUCGAAUGGGAGGCAAUCAUCCACCAGAGGAGCAAUUCGGUGGCAGAGGGCUGCACAACAUGGCGGUGGAAGGGCAAAGAGCUAGAGGCAGGGGUAGCUCUCGACUGCUUUCCUCACAAACGGGGUCUGCGAUCUCCACGGCGGAAUCCACAAGGAAUGGCGGAUUGCGGAAGAACGGGUCUUCCAGCGGAGAAGGAGGUGGCAGCAUGAUCGUUCUUCCUUUGGGAAGGUCCGCAUGGAGAAGGAGGGAGCGGGAGCAGGACCAAUUUGUGCACAUCAGAUACACGAGCAGGCUUAUGGAAGCGGUUCCUCUGAGAAGCAUGGUCCUGCAGGCACUCAGGCAGGUGAUGGGGGAGAGAUCGGCGAAUUGGCUAGAGGAUGUGGUCAUCGGGUGGCGAUAUGACGAAGCCUUAGGUGCCAAGGUUUGCAAGCCGGCGAGGGUGUUCAGGAAAUUCAGGAUGAAUGAGUGGGAGGCAGGGUAUGUACCAGAGUUCUGCCAGUGCGGCACAGGGAGGCACGCCGAGUCCCUCAACACUGCCACCAUCAAGAUGCUCCCGGAGGAAGGUACCUUGCACGUCAUCACUAAUGACACUGGCGUAACGAACAACGGCCAGCUGCAGCUCAUGCUCAAUGCGGGUCUGAAUCACAUCCCACUCAGAGCACUCGAUGAAGAGUUUACGCUGGACGAGGUCGAGGUAGCACUUGAUAAGAUACUUACCACGCAAAGAUGUGACGAGGAGCUGUCCUUAAAAAAGACGAUCGUACGAGAGAACGCGAAGAAGUGCAUUAGGAGCUUUCAGACGAAACAUAUGCAUAUUACAGGCGAACCUAUUAACAGCGUGGCAGUAAGGAGCAAGAUCGAAUGGCUGACCAGUCGAUAUCUGGUAUGUCCAACGGACAAGGCGCCACACACCCCCACUUUCGUCUGCAUCAACUUCAUCAGAAGGUUGGCAUUGCAGAGGCUCUUAGGGCCGGACUUCACACCGCUUCCAGAUUUGUCGGAGCAAGAGGCGGCAAGGUUAGUGCGGGAGGCUUCUGCCUUCACUCAUAUUGGGCACGAGGCGCUGCCACUCCUGCACCUCAUGACGGUGUACAAGGCGCACAAGCAAUCCUUCAGGUGGAUCACGAACUCUGCAGGUUCGGUGCUCUCCCCGGUGGCAGACAUUUGCGAAAGAUUACUGGAGCUCCUAGCUGAGGAUGUUCAGGCCCUCUGCAUAAGCAGGAGCGAAGAGGUUCAUGCCGAGCACGGGGUCAAACCCAACUUCUGGUGGCCGAUCUCCUCGAUCGGAGAGUUCGUUGCCAACAUCCCGCAGCGCAUUUACUCCAUCUUCACGGGGGAUAUCACUAGGUGUUUCGAGACGAUACCCACGGACAGAUCGGAGGACGGCCUGCUGGAGGCGAUCAGAUUCUUCGUUCGCUGCGCCAUGGAAUGGAGGAGGGCAAGGACAACCAGGGAUGUGAUCGUGAUCAGAGUCGCAACCAACGACACACUACACCCCUGCUGGGUGAAUGGGGAUCAGGACAGGGACAGGGAUAGGUUGUACUUCGACGAGCAGGGAAUCAUCGACUUCCGAUUGGUAACGGAUAACAAUCCAUUGGUCUUCUACAAGACCCAAGACACGGUCAAUAGCACCAUUGCCCGUUGGAUGGCCUUCAUCGACCAAUUUGACUUUUUCCCUGACCACAUUCCGGGCAAGCCAAAUGGUUUUGCGGAUGCUCUUUCACGGCGUCCGGACCAUUGUACCCCAGUCGACUCAACUUUUGAGAUUUACGACGACUUGCUGGACAGCUUCAUCUGCGGCUACCAAGUCAACCCCGAGUUUUGCGACAAGUAUGCAAAUUGCUCCUCUCCUAGUCCGGCGCCAUCGCACUAUCGGAUCCAAGAGGGGUACUUGCUCGUCCACUCGCGAGGGAAGGAUCUUCUUUGUGUGCCACGAGAUUUACACUUGCGCACACGGCUUCUUGGCGAGUUCCACGACGCUCCAGCCACCGGACACUUUGGAGUCAAUCAUGCGAUUGGCCGACUCCGCAAGCGCUUUUGGUGGCUUGGUCUUCUCGACGAUGUCACACGAUGUUGCGAGUCAUGCGUGGUUUGCCGAUGUUGCAAAUCCCGCAAUCAUCGUCUGUACAGUGAGUUGCGACCAUUACCAGUCCCCUUGUGCCGAAGGGAAGUGAUAGCCAUGGACAUUACUGGGUCGUUCCCCAAGCACAAGGCUGGUGUGGAUGGGAUUCUCACAGUGGUCGACCGACUCACCAAGUUUGCCAUGUUUUUGCCUUGCCGCUAUCAUGCCAAGGCACCGGAGUUGGUCGAGGUUCUUUACGCCGGUUGGAUUCGAACCAAGGGUUACCCCAAGGAAAUCGUCUGCGACCGCGACACUCGGUUCAUGUCCGAUUUUUGGUUGGCACUCAUCAAACGAUGGGGCUCAUCUCUCAAGCCAAGUUCGGCUCACCACCCCCAAACCGAUGGCCAAAAGGAGAGGGCGCAUCAGACCGCACAGGUUCUCCUCCGCACUCUCAUCCGUCCCGACCAAAAGGAUUGGGUUGAGCGGCUGCCGGAUGUCGAGUUAACAUACAACUCGUCCAUCCAACCAACUAUCGGGAUGUCGCCCUUCGAGUUCGAGCACGACUCGCCGGUCACUUCUCCGUUGGACACAAUCAUUCCACGAACGGCCGAGAGCGACGACCAUCUUUUUUUCUUGCGACGGAUGCAAGAGCUACUUGUCAAGGCACACGACCAGAUGGCCAAGACACAGGAACGCAUGAGCCAACAGGCCAAUCGUCAGCGUCUUCCUUGCCCAUUCUGCGUCGGCGAUCUCCUUUGGGUUUCCGCCGCGGAAUUCAGCCUUGAACAAGAUCUCUCUCGCAAGCUCCUCCCGAAAUGGAUGGGGCCUUGGCCGAUCGUGGCACCCGCCGGGGAUGCACCCGAAGGACCUUCCUUCACCAUUCAGGUGCCCGCCCACUUGCCCGUCUACCCGGUCUUUCAUUGCUCCAAGUUGGCUCUCUACACGCCAGCGGAACAUGACGAUUUUCUCGACGACGAUCGCAAGACCCACCCUCUAUGGACGGUUUUCAAGAGGUCGACAACAUCAUCUCCUAGCGACGCUACGGCAACAGGCCAACCAGGUACUUGGUACACUUUGCGUACUGCAGUCACCGAGCUGACCGUUGGUUAACUCGUGCUCCAAGCAACGACUCCGGAAGUUCUCGCACGCUACGAAAGCAAGAUGGAAGGCAAGCCAGUAUC